GAAUGUUGGCAGGGUCGAGACAAAAGAAUGCGAAGCUGCGAGAAGAUGUGUCUUUUUGCGCAGCUGUGUGGCAGUCGGCAUGUCUGGGCCCUCGUACGUAAUCACGCCCCCCGAGUGUAUGAGAAGCGUUACAAGCACAAAGAUCCGAAAAGACAUAGAUCCGAAUUUUUACCACGCCACAUGAUUUCCGUUCAGUUCCGGGUAGAUGUCAAGAUCCAAAUCAAAGCAAAACUGAGUCAGAAGUUCAUCAUGUUGUUAUGGAUAGUAAGUCACCCUGCGCCGUGGGCAUGAGUUGAUGCAUCAAUACCACAAACUUACAGCAGGAUCAGUUCUUUUGGCGAUACCAGUGAGCAGUAGUGCCAACUUUGCCCGAGCUACUUUGACCUACCCCUGAAUUAAUAUUCAGACUUGUUUUCGCUUCACAUUUUCCAGAAUAUUCAGACAAGCUCAAGCUCAAGAAUAAAGACCAUGGCAUUAUCUUCCGAGGAUGACGAAAGCAAGCGGCGCAAGGUCGUUGUGGAGGAGACCCCGUCGACCUCUUGUUCCCCACGAGAACAAGACCAUAGUACCGAGCAGGAAGGAGCAAAGUGGAAGUGCGGACCUACAACAUCUCCAAGUUCUUGUACCACAUCAAGAACAAAACGCCACGGCUUCGAUUGGUACGAGAAUGUGCUGGAUUCGCCGAGACACAUUUGCGCUCCGAUGGUGGACCAGAGCGAGCUCGCCUUUCGCUUGUUGUGCCUGGACUACGGGACCGACUUGUGCUACACCCCGAUGAUUAACUCGAAAAUGGUCUUGCAGUCCGUGGAUCAAGGAUUGUACCAGAACCUAGUGCAGCACGGCAGUUACAGCUCGGAGGUGGAAGAUCUGUUGCUGGCAUCCUCGUCAUACCAAGCCGUGGCGCGGCAGUAUAACCCCGUGUUUGAUAGCGUUGUGUCACCGCCUGGGACAAGUUGUACUAGUAGAACCAUGGAAGCUAGUUCGAUUGGUACUAGCGACGCAGCAGGAGGAGCUGCCCACUUGGGGACGACGAUGUUGAACACAACUGCGAACACCAUUACUAACAACAGCAUUGGCGCGCGUGCGGCGUCGACGACUACAAACGGCGUUGUCAAUAAGUUCCUCGAGCGCGAGUUUUCGACUUCUAGUAGAGAGAGAAACAAGGUGAUCGCCCAGUUUUGCGGUGACACCCCGUCGGUGGUGCUCGCGGCCGCUCGACUGGUGGAGCCGUUCGUUGCGGGCGUGGACCUGAACUGCGGUUGUCCCCAGGGAAUCGCGAAGAAGGGCCACUACGGGGCCUACCUUUUGGAGGAGCCAGAUCUGAUAUGCGGCGUCAUCAGCACCCUGGCAAAAAAUCUGAAACGAGUGCCCGCCACCUGCAAGAUCCGCAAGGUGAACAACAGCAACAGUUACCAGGAGACGCUGAACCUGUGCGAGUCGCUGCUGCACAGCGGCGUCUCCGCCAUCACCAUACACGGAAGGACCAAAGAGGAGAAGGGCCAGCACGUGAAGCAGGUGGAUUGGGAAGCGGCGCGGCUGAUCAAGGAAAAGUUUAGGAACCGAGGGGACAAGGUGCCGAUUUUCAGCAAUGGGGGAAUCGAAAACUACGCGGACGUGGAGAGGUGUUUCGAGUACACAGGUUGCGACGCGGUCAUGAGCUCCGAGGCACUGCUCGAGGACCCGCAGUUGUUUGCAUUCCGACCGACGUGGACGAGUUGUGGUACGAACGGGGGUGUCAGCACUGGGGGAGUAAAAAUCCACCAGCGAAAGCCGCAGGACAUCAUUUUCGAGGAAUACGCCCACUACGCAAAACAAACAGACGCGAAAUUCAAGUGUGUCAAGGCGCACUGCUUCCACAUGCUUUACGCCGGGUUGCAGACUUUUCCCAAGUUGCGGGAAAAAGUGGGGAAGAGCACGAGCAUCGACGAGAUGCUCGAUGUGGUCACGAGAGAACUGCGCGGGGAACGCAAAAAAUGGGAAACAGAGAGGCAGGCUGCGCAAGCACUUUCCGCACCGCAGCGAAGAAUAGUGAAUUUAGAUGCGAACAGCAGGCCGAUCAUUGCCCCGCGACCCGAAGAACAGGCGCAUGUAUCGGCAGAUGCUGGCCAUGGCAGUUCCAUAACGUCCGACGAGCGCCUCAGAAAUGUUGACGUCCUCGCAUCUGCAUCUUCAUCACAGGACAGCUUGACAGAAGACAAAAAGGUAGAAAAUGAAGUACAGCAGCAGCUGCGGGACAUUGCUGACGACCAAAUAAACGACUUUCCGAACUUGGGGUGGUAUCGUCGAUAUCGCAACCCGAUUGGAGGCAAGCACAAAUCUAUGAGAGAUAUGAAUUGAUCAAGCCAGCAGGGCUUGUUCUCCGACUAACGAAGAUAGUCACGAACACGACCGCGACAACUUCCUUUUCCAUCUCUGUCCCAGAUUCUUACGUGCGAAUGCACUGGCUUGGGCGAGAAUUAUGACGGCACGCACGAACAAUAUACAAACAAGGAACUACGGAUGCAGCUGUAAGAUAGCGCAGCCGUGCUUGUUGUACACUUCCAAGUACAACUACUGAC